AUGUUGACUUUUCACGAAAUCAUACAUGAGAUUCGUAAGUUUGGUUUGGAGUACUGUGACCUGCCGACGAUGCUGGAAAACGUCUCCAUACUCCUGAGAGUUCUAACUGUUAAUAUUGACAGUAAAUAUAAAAAGGGCAUCACGAUCUUGUCCUACAUCGUGACAGCAGUCACUGCCGCCUGCUUCUACUACGUGUUUCUCUUCUCUAUGACCUGGUUCGUCUUCUGGCGGGCCAGAAUCACAGGAGAGCUGGUCGGAGCCAUGGUUGUCUUGUCUCUUGGCAUAUCCAGCGAAAUUGGACCCUUCAAACUGUUUUAUAUGUGUUAUUACAUGGACAAAACUCAUAAAAUAGCAGAUGGCUUCCUAGAAUGUGACGCCAACACGAUCAAAGGGACCAGAUUCCACACGAACCUGAUGAAGUGUUUGAGGAAUGUGAAGAAGCGCGCCAUGCUAUACUGGGUGGUGGUGGCUGGGAACGGAGUGCUGUAUGUGAUGAAGCCAGUCGCUAUGCGUGGCAGGAACUUGCCGGAGAACUAUUUCCUGAUUUAUGGGUUAGAACCAAUGCUCGAGACGCCAAACUACCAGAUCGCAUACUUCAUGAUGAUUGCUUCAGUAUUCUUCGUUUGCUACGUCCCAGCCAGCGUGACAGCUUUUCUAAUCGUCAUCACAGGCUACGCUGAGGCUCAGAUGCUGGCUUUAAGCGAGGAAAUGCUGGAGCUAUGGUCAGAUGCUAUAAAAUAUGCCAAAACCCAAACAGAAGACACAUCCGAAGAAUUGGACGUGUACAAUCCUAAAGUGAAGGUUAUAAUAAAUCAGUUUGUGGAGCGACGACUCCGAGAGAUCAUUGGUCGACAUGCAAAUGUAAUUAAUUUGUUGAACCAAGUGGAAAUAGUUUUUAGACAAGCGAUUGCAAUUGGCUUCGUGCUGUUAGUUCUUGGGUUGCUGUCAGAGCUACUUGGAAAGUUGGAGAAUACAUUUUUGCAGCUUCCCUUUGCAUUGAUGCAGGUAUCAAUGGACUGUUUCGCUGGACAGCGAGUGAUGGACGCAAGCACAAUGUUCGAAGCAUCAGUGUACGACUGCAAGUGGGAAAACUUUGACAAAUCCAAUAUGAAACUGGUGCUGGUGAUGCUGCAGAAUGCCCAGAAGACCAUGACCCUGUCUGCUGGGGGCGUUAGGACCCUCAGCUUCAGUGCGUUGAUGUCCGUCUUCAGAGGCAUUUAUUCCGCGUACACUGCUCUUAGGUCUACUAUGAAGUAA